AUGUCUAUUCCCACAAAUGAUCCACUUUUGCAAGUGGAAACAACAUGUGGAACCCUUCUAUAUGAACUUCAGAUUAUAUGGAAUGAAGUUGGCGAAACUGAUGUUGAAAGAGAUAAGAUGUUGCUAGAGCUUGAACGCGAAUGCCUUGAAGUAUACAGAAGGAAAGUAGAUUUGGCAAACAAGUGUAGAGCUCAACUAAGACAGGCAAUUGCUGAUUCUGAAGCAGAGUUAGCAGCCAUUUGUUCUGCUAUGGGAGAGCGACCGGUCCAUAUUAGGCAGUCUGAUCAGAACCCCGGGAGCCUAAAGGCAGAACUCCGAACCAUUCUUCCAGAACUAGAAGAGAUGAAGAAGCGGAAAUCUGACAGAAGAAAUCAGUUUCUAGAAGUCUUGGAACAAAUACAAAAGUUACAAAAGGAGAUUUAUACAACUUCUUCAAACACAGUGUUGGAUGAAACUGAUCUGUCUUUAAGAAAGCUUGAAGAACUUCAUACAAAGCUGCAAACACUUCAGAAAGAGAAGAGUGACCGUCUGAAGCAAGUUUUAGACCAUCUGAGUACCUUGAAUUCACUUUGCUUGGUGCUAGGAAUGGAUUUUAAGCAGACAAUUCAUGAAGUCCAUCCUAGCUUAUCUGAGACAGAAGGAGCAAAGAGCAUAAACAAUGAUACAAUUUUAAGGCUUGCAAAUGCCAUACAAAGAUUACGAGAAGUUAAAAUACAAAGAAUGCAAAGAAUCCAAGAUCUUGCAACAUCUCUGAUAGAGCUCUGGAAUUUGAUGGACACUCCAGUUGAAGAACAACAGAUGUUUCAAAGUGUUACUUGUAAUAUAGCUGCUUCGGAGCAGGAGAUCACAGAGGCCAAUCUGCUUUCUGAGGAUUUCAUUAAUUAUGUUGAGGAAGAGGUAUCUCGGCUGGAAAACUUGAAGGCUAGCAGAAUGAAAGAACUUGUUUUCAAGAAGAGAUCAGAGUUAGAAGAGAUUUGCCGGAAGACACACUUGAUUCCAGAAUCUGAUAGAUCACUAGAAAUUGCCCUUGAAGCUAUUGAAUCCGGAGCUAUUGACCCUGCUAGUCUCCUUGAACAAAUCGAGAUUCUAGUUGGAAAAGUUAAAGAGGAAGCAUUUAGUCGGAAAGAAAUACUUGAAAAGGUUGAGAAAUGGAUGGCUGCUUGUGAAGAGGAAUGCUGGCUUGAGGAGUAUAAUCGGGAUGAUAAUCGAUAUAAUGCUGGAAGAGGUGCUCAUCUUACACUGAAGCGCGCAGAGAAAGCCCGGGCAUUGGUUAAUAAACUUCCAGGAAUUGUAGAAGCUUUAGUAAUGAAAACAGUAGGAUGGGAGAAUGAGAGAGGCGUUGAAUUUACUUAUGAUGGGGUUCGGCUUCUUUCCAUGCUUGAGGAGUAUAAGAUCUUAAGGCAAGAGAAAGAGGAAGAAAGAAAAAGACAAAGGGACCAGAAGAAACUUCAGGGACAGUUGAUAGCGGAACAGGAGGCACUUUUUGGAUCUAAACCGAGCCCAAUGAAGCAACAAAGUGCGAAAAAAGGGGCUAGACUCUCAUGUGGUGGUUCGGGUGCAACAACCAACCGAAGGCUAUCAUUGGGUGGUGCAGCGCAUGCAACUCCUAAACCAGAUCUUCAUUCCAUCCGAGCUACUCCUAAUACUACCCGUCCUGCCAAAAAGCUCGACCGUCAGUUAAGUAACAGAGAUGACGGAUUUGGCACUCUUUGUAAUGGGAGGAGAGGUUUGGUCAGUGAAUUAGAGCAGCCAUCACAACCAAUGUUCCGCAAGCCAUUCUCACCGAUUUCCACCAAAGAAUUGUCAAAGGCAAACACGACAGAAGUGGGCCGAAAACACGAGAUGCCACAGAAAACCUUUCAAAAUAACACCACACCGUUUACUACACCUUCCAAAACCGCAACAUUUGUUUCAGAGGAUGAAAACAGAACUCCGAAAACAAACAUGAUUCCAAUAUUACCCUCCACACCGUUCACAGCGAUGCAAACGGCAAUGACUCCUGCUCCUCCCCUUUCGAUUCCGUACAGUGAUCAGAUUAAGGAGGUGAUGAAGCCUGAAGAGAUUGUUGAGUACUCUUUUGAAGAAAGAAGAGCUGGUUUUGUGCUUCCUAGAUCAAUCAAUGGCUGAAAUCUGAUGUUUUUAGAUCUCUGAUAAAGAGUGAAGUUUGUUUUUCUUUUGUUUUUACUGGUUCUGAUACUGUUGAAGUCAAUUGCAAUUGGCUGGCAAUGUAACCUUCAUCAGUGAGCAUAUAUAGCUUUAUCUGCUCCUAA